UUCCGUUUCACUAGUUCGGCUCGCGUCAGAGAAAACCGAUCGUAAAUGAUCACUUCCAUGCAUUUCGGUUUCAGACUUUCGCUGUUCACCAACAACUCUGAACGCUGCUCUUCGCGGCUUCAGAAAGCGCGCGAAGACUGUGUCAGCUGAUCUGAACCGUUACGACAUUCAUCCGCCGCGAAUUUGAUCAGUGGUUCGAAUAUUUAACUUGCGGUUUCCAAUCCGUAUUCAAGUAUCACUCCAAUUUCAUCGUAUGGUUUAUCUUGGAAUUACAAUAUUGAUGAGAUUCGUGGUCUAGGAUUAUUUACGUUUACGAAAUGGAGUGUUUUUCCAGUUUUUUGGCUACAAACAAUCUGUGUAAUCGUUCAUCGCGUGAUUUGUAAUUGGACGAUGGAUUAAUAUUUGAAGUCCCUCGACUCCAACUGAAGUCAUUUCUUCAACUUAAUUUGUGUUGGCAGUCAGUGGCUUGCUUCUGCGGUCAUCAUGUCACCGAACGAUUACACUUGAACGUCUCAACACGAUUUUACAAUGCUUUAGCAUUUGUGCUAAAGAAUGAAUCAGUGUGGGUGCAAAAAAUGAUGUGUUACUUCCGGCAGCAGUUAUUUUGCAACGGAAACUCAGAUGAAUUUAUGCCAAAGAAACUUUUUAUCAGCGAGAAUAAGCCGACAGCUUUCAUCACAUGUAUAUUGGUGUUGGGCGUUCUUCUUGCUGCACUUCCCGGGGCCAACACUGAAUAUGGCCGUGAUUGUGGAAUAGGAGGCGCGAUCAACUACCGCCAACCGCGCAAUUACAGCGGCAGUUCUUCGCAAGGAAGAAUUGUCAAUGGCAAAGAGAGCCAAAAAGGAGCAUGGCCAUGGCAAGUUUCAUUGCAAGUGCUUCACCCAAAAUUGGGGUUGAUAGGACAUUGGUGUGGAGGGGUGCUAGUGCAUCCUCUCUGGAUACUUACUGCCGCACACUGCAUACACAAUGAUAUAUUCAGUCUGCCGCUGGCCGCACUGUGGACGGUGGUCCUGGGAGACUGGGACCGAGAGCGUGAUGAAAAAGGAGAGCAGAGGAUUCCGGUUGAGGACAUUCUUGUCCACGAAAAGUUCAACAACUACCAGAAUGAUAUAGCACUGCUGAAACUUUCCAGACCCGUAUCGGGUCGUAUGAUUCGAGCCGUCUGUCUCGACAAAGCUGAGAACAACUUGCCUAGACGCUGCAUUGCUACAGGUUGGGGACGUACAACUCAAACUGGAAAGCUGUCUGGCAUUUUGAGGCAGGUGAGGAUCCCCGUGCACGAUAAUGAGCUGUGCAAAGCGAAAUACGGGCCCUCAGUGCCCAUCCAGGACAGCCACCUGUGUGCUGGCAAACUUGAUGGAUCCACCGGUGCUUGCAUAGGUGAUUCAGGAGGACCACUCCAAUGUAGCCAGAAAGACGGAAGAUGGUACCUGUUGGGCAUUACCUCUUUUGGAUCAGGAUGCGCUAAACCUGGUUAUCCGGACGUUUAUACUCGAUUAUCAUUCUAUUUACCCUGGAUUAAUGGAAAAAUACAACACCAAUAGAAUUUAAACAAAGGAAAAGAAGUAAAAUUCGACACAUAGAGAAAAAGUUUCUUUGAUAAAGAUCUCAUCAGAAAGAUUUUAGAAUUCAUCAAAGAUCAAAAAUUUUGUGAAAAGAAAAUUAUCUAGAAUAAUGAAAAAUGAAAUCACUGUUCAACUGUUACCUUAGAAUUGAUUCAAUAGUUCCAGAACUGGUAGGCUAACUAUUAUAUUUUAUUUUCAAUUAUUGAUUAUUCUCCAUGUAAAUAGUAGGUUACAUUACAAAUAACAAAGUGUGUGUGUGUGAGAUAUGAUUAUUAUAUCGGACUUUACUGAAUGGAUAUAAAAAAAAUAUUUGAUCAGUCCCUUUUGCUUUCUCACAUUACAUUAUCUUUAUACUAGAAGAUACUACUUGAGCCACACAAACCUUGAUAUUAUAUUUGGAAGCAAAAUCCAAUCAAUGAAUGAAGAUGUAUGUAUCCUAAAGAU